UCCACAAAUAGCUAGUGAGAACAAAAAACAUGGCAUUUGUAUUGUUUUUUAUAGCAUUAUUUGGCUUAUAUUGUACUAUUUGGAUUAACAAGUGGAGGAACCCUAAUUGCAAAGGUGUUCUGCCUCCAGGUUCAAUGGGUUUACCUUUUAUAGGAGAGACCCUUGAGCUAAUCAAGCCUAGUUAUUCUCUAGGUACCCAUCCUUUCAUUAAGAAAAGAAUUCAAAGGUAUGGACCUAUAUUUCGAAGUAAUAUAGCCGGUCGACCAAUUGUAAUUUCGACGGAUCAAGAAUUCAACCGUUACAUCAUAAAUAAAGAAGGAACAUUGGUGGAAUUGUGGUACUUAGACACAUUUUCUAAAAUAUUUUCACUAGAAGGUGAAUCAAAAAUUAAUAUGUCAGGUUAUAUUCAUAAAUUUAUACGAGGAGCUCUAUUAAGUCAAUUGGGAACAGAAAGCCUCAAAACAAAAUUGCUUCCACAGAUAGAAAACCUGGUGACAAAAACUCUAUAUUCUUGGUCUAACCAAGACGCUGUCAACGUAAAAGACGCUGUUUCCACAGCAAUUUGCGACUUCACAGCUAAGCUAUUUUGUGGUUACGAUGACAAAGGAUCACCAGAUAAAUUAAGUGAAAUGUUGAAAAUGUUUUCAGGAAGUCUUUUGGCUUUUCCUUUGAAUAUUCCUGGUACUAAAUACCACAAAUCUCUCAAGGCCAAAGAAAAAGUAAUGAAGAUUUUAAGAAGAAAAAUCAUGGAGAGACGUAGCUCAUUGGUUGAAAGGGAGGAUGGAAAUGAAGAUUUUUUGGAUAUAGCAUUAAAGCAAAUGGAGAAAGACAAAAUUUUCACAUAUGAUUUCAUUGCUAACCUUCUUUUUGCCUUUCUAUUUGCUAGCUUGGAGUCAAUAUCAUUGACAAUAACUUUAAUGCUAAAGUUCCUUUUAACUCACCCCCAAGUGUUGCAAGACUUGAUGGCUGAACAUGAGAGCAUUCUUCAAAACAGACGUCCAGACUCUCCAAUCAAGUGGGAAGAAUUUAAAUCAAUGAUAUAUACUCAGCAGGUUGUCAAUGAAACACUUCGAUUUUUCAAUACUUUACCUGGAUUAUUGAGAAAAGCAAUAAAAGAUAUUCAAUACAAAGGAUAUACUAUUCCUGCUGGUUGGAGUAUAAUGGCAGUUGUUUUCGAGCGCCAUAUGAAUCCUGAAGUAUAUAAGGAUCCUCUCGUGUUUAAUCCUGCUCGAUGGAAGGAGUUCGAUUCUUUAACAAUAUCUAAGAAUUUCACACCUUUCGGAGGAGGAGGAAUGAGACAAUGUGUUGGAGCUGACUACACUAGAGUUACAAUGACAUUAUUCCUCCAUGUUUUAGUCACCAAAUAUAAGUGGACUCAAAUCAAGGAAGGAAAAGUUGUUCAAUUUCCAUUAUUGGAACUUGGAAAGGAUCUUCACGUUAAGCUCUUUGAGAAGCAGUAGCUGGAUGUAAUGUGUUUUAUGGAAGGCAUGAUUUGCCUAUAAUAAAUUAUAGCCUUAUAUUUAUAGUUGUCGAAUAAAUGGCUGUCCGGUAAAAAAAAUAGAAAUAAAUAAAUGGCUGUAUCCAAAGCCAAAAUUUAAAUUUUAUGUCAUGAAUUAAAAUGAGAAGACCAUGAAAUUAAAUAUGUACUAUAUGUACAAUUGAUUAAAUUGUACUCUUGUAUAAAUUCUAUAAUAAUUAAUGGUAUGAGAGUUGAAAGUGA